UUCCUUAUGCGGUGGAGACGUAUAUAGGUGACAAUAAAGAUCGUUGUAAAAUUAAACAUCUUUUUUUUUUAAUUUUAAUCCUUUCUAUGUACUAACAAUAAAAAUGUGGAAAUUCGUAGCUCGCGGUAUUCGUGAAACGUUAGAACGCCGUACAUGUCGUACAAAUGUUUAUUCGCAAUCGUCCCAGGAAUCCAACACAAAAAAUGAGGUUAAAGCAAGCUUGACAUGUAAUCACAAGUUUCUGGCACCAAGCUUUACAGCUUUCAACAAUGAAUUCUGUGGAUCUUCAAAAAGUAGUGGAACUAAAGAUAAAGAUCACGAUUCCAAUUACACAAAAUACACCUGGUCGGAGGCUAUAGGAUGGUCCAGCGUAUUGGCUGUUGGAUGGGUGGUCUGUCAAACACUGUGUCUUCGCAGAAGGCUUUUUGAAAAUGAGAAAACAGAUUCUCUGAAAAACAAACUAUCACAAUUUCCAGAACAACGUAUUUUUUCUUUAUUUGGCCAAGUAUUAAAUUUUAAGCCUACAAACAUUUUACCAGCAAUUAAUUGUGUUGGCAAUAAUAAAAUAUAUGCUCAAGAAAAUACCGAAUCAGAUUGGAAAGCUGAGAAACCAUUUGGGCCAAUUACCAUUGAAGAGGCUUUAAAAGAAGCAACAGAAGAAUUUGCAAAUACUCACAAAUUAACCAUGGCAGAAUUCGAACUUCACUAUGGUUUGAAAGCAUUAGAAGAAAGGCGUUACAAGGAUGCUGUAAAACAUUUUACUGGUGGUGCAAAUCUGUCAUCAGCUGCUAGUAUGUUCAAUUUAGGUCUGUGUUAUGAAUUGGGUCUUGGAACAUUGGUAGAUUACACAAAGGCUGCCAAAUAUUACAAUGAUGCAGCAGAACAAGAUCACGCAGACGCUACGUAUAAUUUAGGUGUGUUUCAUGCUCAAGGCAAAGGUGGUUUUAUGGUAGAUAUUGAUAGGGCUCGCAGUUAUUUUAUUAAGGCUGCAAAAUUAGGUCAGAUUCAAGCUCAGCAUGCAUUAGAUUUAGAGAAACGUUAUUAUCAAUCAAAGGAAACUGAAUUUCCAGAUAAAUGUGAAAAUACUGUGAAGUAUUUGCCAAAUAAGAAUAUGAACAAUAUUCUUAAGAAGUUGAUUAAUUAUAAUAACGUGUUAAACACACAGUCAGACGUAGAAUUUUUAGAAAAUUCUGGUCGUGAACAGGGUGUAGUAGGGUCUAGGAAUCCGACAGAGUUAUUUUUAGACAUGCUUGGUUUGAAAGAGUCAAACAUUCUGACUGUUCCUUUGGAGUAAAAUAAUCAUAGAGUGCCAUAUUAAGAAGUAGUACAAU